AAGAUGAAACAGCAUGUAAGAAGGAAAUUAAAAUGAUGGUCAAGGAAAUAGUUCGAGAAGAAUUGGGAAUUGUUAAGCAGGAACUGCUAGAAGAGUUGAAAAGAAUGAUACAGGGAGAAGUAUGUGGAGAGAAAAAGAAAGAGAAUGUUAUAAUUAUCAAACCCAAGAUUCAACAAGAGAGUGAAGUUACAAAAAAAUUGAUAAAAGAAAAGGUAGAUAUCAAAAACAUGGCGAUGGGAAUAACGAAGCUAAAAAAAGGAAGCAAGGGGACAGUGAUCAUGGGUUGUGAAACUGGAGAAGAAAUGAAAACGUUGAAAGCCACAAUGCAGGACAAACUAGGAGAAAAUUUCAAAGUUACGGAAUCACCGCAGAUGAAGCACAAAAUAAAAAUUAUCAAUGUCAGCGAAGAAGAAAUGAGAUUGGAUGAUGAUGACUUAAUAACUACAAUCAAGAAGCAGAAUAGAAUUGAUGCAAUAAAUGAUGGAUUCCAAAUGCGAAUAGUGAAGAAAAUAGUUAAAGAAAAAAGAAAUGAUAAUAAUCAACUUAGAAGAAGAGAAAAAGAAGAAGGUUCGAUAAUAAUUGAAGUAGAUGAAGAAACGCAUGAAUUGAUGUUGAAAAAAGAGAAACUAAAUGUAGGAUGGAGAAAAUGUCCUAUAUUCAAUCACAUUAAUGUUAAAAGAUGCUUUAAAUGCUGGGGAUACUAUCAUAUUGCAAAAAAAUUGUACGCGAGAUGAAACAUGC